CAGCAGAUGGAUAGUGCAUUAGACUUAAUGCGAAGGUUGCCGCCCCAGCAGAUAGAAAACCUGAGUGAUUUGAUUGAUCUUGUUCCAAACUUAUGCGAAGACUUAUUAUCAUCGGUAGAUCAGCCAUUAAAAAUUGCUAGAGACCGUGAAUUCGGAAAGGAUUACCUUCUUUGUGAUUAUAAUAGGGAUGGAGAUUCUUACAGGUCUCCAUGGAGCAAUACUUACGAUCCUCCCCUUGAGGACGGCUCGAUGCCAUCUGAGAGACUUAGAAAAUUGGAAAUAGAUGCUAACCAUGCAUUCGACCAAUAUAGAGAAAUGUAUUUCGAAGGAGGCGUUUCCUCAGUUUAUUUGUGGGACUUGGAUCACGGAUUUGCAGGUGUGAUACUGAUCAAAAAGGCUGGUGAUGGUUCGAAGAAGAUAAAAGGCUGCUGGGACUCGAUCCACGUGGUUGAGGUGAACGAGAAGCCGACCGGCAGGAAUGCCCACUACAAGCUCACAUCAACUGCCAUGCUUUGGCUGCAAACCAACAAAACCGGAUCGGGAACGAUGAACCUCGGCGGUAGCUUAACGAGACAAAAAGAAGAAGACUCGAACCUAUCUGAAGCGUCGCCGCACAUAGCCAACAUCGGCCGGAUGGUAGAAGAUAUGGAGAACAAGAUCCGAAACACGUUGAACGAGAUCUACUUCAGCAAGACGAAAGACAUUGUUAACGGACUGCGCAGCAUCCAGCCGCUGUCCGACCAGCGAGCCCAGGCUGCUCUCAAGAAGGACCUCGCCGCCGCCCUGCAGAAGCGCCACGCCAAGACAGUCGAAAACUGAGCAUAGCCCAUUGAUGAUUACGAUGACUAUCAGUGGUGUGAAGCAGAUUAAGUGGACUGAGGCGGCGCAACUUGGCGUGUACUUCAAGUUGACUGAUCUUGUCACGCCCAACCUCUCGUUUCUAAGUUUUAUUAUUUGUGCAAUUCUAUUCUCUUAUAUUCUGCUUUAUGCAUUAUCAGUUAUUUAAUUAUUAUUUGUAAACUAUAUAAUGCAUCAUAUUUUAGAUUCGUGUGUACUACAGACUGAAAACCAAUAACACUCUGCCCUAACAUUCCCCAACCAAUGAAAUAACAUAAAAACGUUUUCCUGUUAUGCAUUUAUUCAUAGUUGAAAAGUACAAUAACUACUAGUAUUUAAAGUGGUAGUAACCGGACGAGUUACUUUGGUUACUGGAUAACUUAUUAUAUUAUUGGUAACUUAUUAACAAAUGUUUACAGGUUUCUAAUUCUGAUAAAGUUUAUCUUUGUUUUUAAUGAAAAAAGGAAAGUCAGUUACUUGAAUUUUAAUUGGAAGCUUAGUCUUGAAGUUGACAUCAGCAUCAAAAGAAAUGAAUGAGCUUUAGUCAGUUAGAAUAAAUUUACUAUAUUGAAGUUAUCUAAAACCACACUAUAAUAAACCACACUUCCAGAACUAAUACAAUAUUAAUUCUAAGUUGGAUUUGUAUGGUGAAUAUUUAAAUAUUCAUAUUGAUAUGUCUCAGAACUAAUCUAAUACGUUGAAAUACAUAAAAGUAAUUAUCAUAUUUAAUGGAGAGUAUUCUUUGAAAUGUUGUAAAUAGGAGCAUUGAAUGUUCGCUUUGUAACUCUUUUCCAUUCUGAAAUUGUAAUAGAGCAGGAAGGUUGUCAAUUUCAUAGAAAGAAGUUUAGAAGAAGAGAAGAAAGCUAAAAAGUCAGCUUUCCGUUCAAAUAUCGAAGGGCACCUUGAUAGUGACGAUAUGAAAAUAAAUUAACAUUUCGAAGGGUAUAGCCAAGAAAGAGAGGAGGAAAAAACAAAAAAGCUAGAUUACGAUGAAGACCAUAGAAACACUAAAUAUAGCCUAUAGCUAAGAAAGGCUCAAGUUUCGAGCACGAUGGCAGAACCUAUAUCGAAAGCGAAGAAACCACCUCAAACUAAUCGGUAGAUGAUUCGAAAUCCAACGACUCAUACAUAUAGCAGAAAAACGUAAAUGAAGGUUUAAACAUAUCUGUUCAUUCAAAGCAAGUGUGGACGGACACGGAAAGUUAAUUCAGUAGAUAUGUGGGGUCAUGGCUUGUUUGUCGAAGAAGAACAAUACUGUACUCCAAAACACCAAAGGAGCUCAUUAACACACGCGGUUAUGAUAUAAGAAGUGAGAAUGCCUCACUCAAGGCUAGGGUAAGAAGGAAGUACGGACGAGGUCCCAAAGCUUACACCCGCAAAUGGGAAGAUGAGCCGUGAAAUGUUUGACUCUGUAAUCAGUGUUCGUACUUCGAGAAACUGGACAUCUUUGCCUGCAGAAUAACAAUUCUACAGUAUAGAUCUUCGGAGGGAGUUCCUCUUUUCUUAUAUCAUAACUGCUCCUUUGGUGGUUGCAAUUAUCUCUACUAGCAUUGUCCGUCCAAACUUGCUUUAAACGAACUGAUCUGUUUGAACCUUCAUUUGGAUUUUUCUUCGCGUUUUACGUAAGUAAGGUCAUCGUGCUCCUAGAAUGUACCUUUCUUGGGUAUAUAUUGAGGGUUUCCACUUCUUCAUCGUCGUCUAGCUUUUUUGUUUUUCCCUCCUCCUACGAGACAAUUAUAAUAUCGCCGAUGUUGAUGUCUUCUUCAAUACUUGGAAGAGAAAACUGAUAUUUGGAUGUGACGGUUUCCUAGACUUAUUCAUUGGAUCAGACGAGGAGCGCUUCACAUCAAAACGUCAGCUUUCCGUUUCAAGUAGGUAUCUGAGAUGCGUCGGUAGUGACGAUCUUGUAACCGUCUUGAAGGAAAACUUAAAAGGAGACGGCUAAGAAAAAAGGAGAGAGAUUAAUGGCUCGAUGAUGAUGAGGCCCGUAGCUUAGCCACCUAUAAUAAAAUGCCGUGCACAAGUAGGUUUAUCAUUUGAUUUGGAGCUUGUUUGGUAUGGAAAUUCUUGCCUUUAGUGGGUGUAGUCUAUCGAUUAUCUUUCGUCUUACCUGUUUAAACAUCUGCAGGGUACCACUUUCCUUACAAGUGGAUCCAUGCCAAAUAUACAUAUUCGUAAUGCGUAAGCACAGUUAACGUUUUUGUUGCAUCAGUUUUGUUCUAUGUUAUAACGUUUGCUAAGCAGUGUAACAGAUGUAUCAAAGAUAGCUGAUUUGUGUUUAUUAAAAAAAAUAUCGAAACACCGGCCAGGUCGAUGCUUCAAUGCUUCAACGCUCGCACUUCCUCAUUACCCACGCACAAGCAAAAAGCUCAUGAGGGCAUCAUCUGCAAAAGCACCGUUACCGGCUGGUACUCGUUCUAUUGCCCCGCGAUCACCCACUCUUCUCUUUAUUCCAUGUCCAAGAUAGAUUAGAAUUGAGUAAGGCUAGUUUCACACAAAUACGGAUUCGUUUGGUUCGGUUCGUUUUUGGUUGGUCGAUUCCGAUAAAUGUGAAGCGGUGAUUCGGUUUAAAUUCGGUACCGAAUAGAAACACACCGAACACACUCUCGACACGAAUAGAUUUCAUCAGGUUUGAAGCCAGGGAGCAGCAAACAAAUUAUGUCUUUCACACACGCUUGGUUCAUUUUCUGUUUCAACCUGAUGAUGAGAUGAUAUCUUUCAAAAUCUUCCAUAGUCAAUUCAUUUAGCUGUUUUUUAUCAUUUUACAGAAUUUGUGAAAAUUCAGUGUUGUCAAUUGUUUGGGCAUGACGUUUAUUAUAGGUGGUUUCGGUUGCCAAAAGUGAGAACAGACCGAGAACAUUUCAUGAGAAACGUUUUUCCUCUUAUCGGCUGGAAUAAAAUAUGAUGCAUUGCCAUAACAUAGUGCGUUUAUUGUAACAUUCUCAUUAUAUUUAUUACUCAAGUUUAAUUGUACAUUUUUUAAAGGAGCAAAUGUAUUUAAAAUGUGCUUUAUGUCAAUUAUCUUAUUUUUAGAUGAAAUUAUCAUUAAUUUGAUUGUUAUUAUAAUAUUGGAGCAUGGGAUAGAGGAUUGGAUAAAACGAUGCUUGUUCCUUUGUAAAUCUCCAUUUGUCCUGAGGAUUUUCUAAAAUUUACAUUUAGCAUUGCCUUUUAAUAUAGAAUUUAACAUUGUUAUUUGUAUUAUGUAUACUGAAAGAUUGUAUUAUAAUAUUUUCCAAUUGUGAAUCCAUGUAAUUGAAAUAUCUGUCCUUUAUCAAUCAUUAUCAUUCUCAUAACAUUAUGACAUCCUCUCGUUAGUUGUUUUAUAAAAAAUCCAAUAAUUAAAAAAUUCCAUAUAAAUGCCAGUAUUGUUGUGCGUACAGUGUAAAUUUCCAUCUGCAUUGCCUUGCUAAUGUUUAUUUCAUUAUUGAUCCAUUGAACAAAUUAUGCCUGUUUGGGUUACAAGCCUAGCAUUAUGAUGCAUUAUACAUGUAUGUAUUCUGAGAACUAGUAAAAAGUUUACCCAAAAUAUAGAAAGUUGAAUAAUUUAUUUGGAAUUAAUAUUAAACACGGACAUCUUCUGUUAUCUUUUUACUUUCGUUUGAACUACUUUGAUCACUCAACUGAUGAUAAAUUGAAAUAUGGAUACUCAAUGUUCAGAGUGAUAUUUGAAUUACAUUUUUGCAAAAUCCAUUUAGGACUCCGUGAUCAC